CCUUGAUGGGAAGAAAAACAUUACACUUAAAUAUCUUUGAUUCAGACAAAUGUUUUUAGAAAGAAGUAUAUUGUGAGCCAUCAGGUCGUCAUGUCAGCCGGAAACAUCAGUUUUGUUAAGGAAUUUAUCAUUGUUGGUUUUCCUGGGCUUCAAACAGAAUACUAUGGCACAGUAGCUGCUCUGCUAUUUUUUGUCUAUGUGUUUAUAUUAGUGGGAAAUGGGAUAUUUCUAAUAAUUUUUGCUUUAGAAAAAUGCCUGCAUAAACCUAUGUAUUAUGUCAUCGUAAACCUGGUUGUAAGUGAUAUAUUAUUCAGCACUACUACCUUACCAAAAAUUAUUACUAGGUAUUGGUUCCAAGCUGGUAGUAUUUCAUUUGGUGGUUGCUUCAUUCAAAUGUAUUUUGUGCAUUAUUUUGGUUCAAUCAAUGCUUUUAUCCUGGCAAUAAUGGCCUUUGAUCGGUAUGUAGCCAUCUGUAAUCCUCUAAGAUAUCCUAAUAUACUCACAAAAUCAAACAUUUUUUAUCUUUGUCUCAUUGUAUGGGUGAUAGGACAUGCAUGUCCUUUAAUGAUGGCAAUAAGGGCAUACCCUCUGCCUUACUGUGCAGAAAACACCAUUAUGCACUGUUACUGUGAUCACAUUUCUAUCACAUCUCUUGCGUGCACUAACAGGGCAUUGUACAGUGUUCCAGCCUUUGUAUUUGCUAUGGUUGUGUUGCUCUGUCCUCUGACCUUCAUUGUUUUCUCUUAUUGCGCCAUCAUUGUGGUAGUUCUGCGUGUAUCAAGAGCUCAAGGAAGAAUGAAGACUUUCUCCACCUGCAGUCCUCAGCUCAUCAUAAUAGCUCUCUAUUUUCUACCCAGGUGUUUUAUUUAUUUGGCUAGCAAUAUUGGUAUCAACUUCAGCACUGAUUUACGAUUAGUCAUUGUUAUGAUGUAUAGUCUGUUUCCACCAAUGAUCAACCCCCUAAUAUACUGUUUAAGGACGAAAGAUUUCAAGGAAAGCUUACUUAAAAGGCUACAAUUUUCAAAAAAUCCUCAAAUUAAUCCAACAAAAGGUAAUGUAUCCACUGUGUGUACUUAAAUUAUUAGAGCAGUCAUACAUUAGAAAAAACCUACAAAAACAAAAUAGUAUUCUUUGAAUGUCAUGAACUAGAACAACCGUUAGAACACAGGGUUUAUCCACAAAAAUAUCAUAGGGAAUAUAUCUUUUGUUUUUUGCUUAUAUUCCAGCUCUCACAUGUUAUUGCUCUGCUUUUUGAAGCCAGGAAAUGCAACUGCUAUAUCUUUUACUGUAAAGAUGAACUUGAAACUAUAUUUUGAAGCAAAAGCAAAGAUUUGUGUUUGUACAUGACUUAAUCUAACAUCAUGUGUUAUUUAUUUUCUUAAAUAAAGUUUACUUACAAAUUCAUUGCAUUACACUAAAAAAGUCAAUACAU